AUGGACGGGACUUUACUUACAAAGGGAUUUGGACUUACCCCAAGGAUUCCAAUAGAAGGGGUCCACUCAUCUCUGGACCUUUCCAUUUUCAAGCAUAAUUUUAUCAUUGACAAGAAUGCGUCUGUUGACCCUUCUGCUUAUCCAAAGCUUGAAUCAUGGAAGCUACUUGACGGAAAGAGCAACGGUUGCUGCUCAUGGGACGGCGUCGAGUGUGACCACGACACUGGUCAUAUUCCUUUAGAAAUCUCCUCUUUUUCCAAAUUGGUUGUCCUUGAUCUGUCUACGGAAAGUGAUUUGUAUUCUGAAAGUCUUUUGAAACUUGAAAAACCCAGCCUAAGAGACCUAAUUCAAAACCUUACCAACCUCAAAAUUCUUAAUGCAGCUUGGAACGAAAAUCUCACCGGUUCUCUACCUGAAUUUCAAAGCAAUAGUCGCCUUAAGGCAUUGAUAUUCUUCAGCACGGGCCUGUACGGUAAGCUCCCAGAUUCAAUUGGUAGACUUGAAUCCUUACUUUAUUUGGAUUUGAGUCAAACUAAUUUAUCUGGGACACUUCCAUCUCCACUUGGCAAUCUAACCCGGCUCACUUUCCUGUACCUUAGUGAUUGCAAGUUUAGUGGCCAGAUUCCUAGCUCAAUCACUCAACUCAAGCGUCUUGACGUUUUGAUUCUUCAUUCUAAUAGGUUCACUGGUAUUGUCGAGCUAGACAUGUUUAUUAAACUCCCAAACUUGGUCUCAUUGCGAUUAGGGGGAAACAAACUAACAGUGCUCGACAAAAAUAGUACCAAUAACUUGGUCUCAUUGCGAUUAGGGGGAAACAAACUAACAGUGCUCGACAAAAAUAGUACCAAUGGUACUAUUCCAACGCUCAAUACUCUAGGAUUGCGGUCAUGCAACUUAGUCGAGUUCCUUAGCAUUCCAAGAUUUCAAGAUGAAUUGCAGGUGUUAAUUAUUGACAAAAACAAAAUUCGAGGCAAAAUACCAACUCGGAUGUGGAACUCAAGUAAAGAAACAAUGGAAUAUGUCGACUUUGGCCAGAACUUUCUGACAGGUUUCGAGCAGCAGCGAAUUGUCAUCCCAUGGCGUUUUCUCAUAGUUUUCAACCUCGGCUCUAACAAGCUUCAAGGAUCGCUUCCUGUUCCACCACCAAGCACUGUGAUUUAUGAAUCCAGCAAUAACGCAUUGACGGGAGCAAUUCCACCGUCAAUAUGCCACAAGAAUUCUCUUAUAAUCCUUGAUUUGUCCAAUAACAAUUUAAAUGGCAGCAUACCUCCAUGUUUGGCCAGUUCUAGCGAGGAUCUUCUCAUUUUGAAUCUAAGUUGCAAUAGUUUCCACGGAAGUAAUCCUUCAACAUUCACAAUGAUAGCCAAUUGGUUAGGCUCGUUUUGCGUGGUUCGAGUCGUAUUAUUUUUUGGCUCAGGCAGUUUGCCAACAGAAUACAUUCGUAACUGGAAUGGAAUGAAAAUGAUCAACAAAGAGAUUUUGACAUAUAUGCGUUCAAAUCCUGUAAUUCAAUUCAAGUUUGAUACAUUCGAAAAUAGUUCGUAUGAUGGGAAUUUGGGAUUGUGUGGUUUCCCGUUGUCGAAGUCAUGCGGAAAUUCAAUGACCUCACCACCACCUCAGCCUAUAUUUCGACGUCGCGAUCUUGAGUUUUCGAGAGGUAUUUAUUGGAUGGUCAUAGCCUUGGGAUAUGGAAGUGGGCUGGUAGUCGGGUUGGUUAUUGGGACAACUCUGAUGAGGAGGUAUCACGAAGGGUUUGUCGACACCUUCGGGAGGCGGUGUUGUCAUGUUUCUAAAGUGGACAAGAGAGUUCUUUCUGGAGCUUUUGUUCUUGCUCGUUCUGUUGCUACAAGCAGUGUUAACAUCUUUAAUCUUAUCAUAUUAACUUACUCCUCUUCUACGCAACCUUUAUGCCAUGAAAAUGAGAGCAAAGCAUUGCUGCAGUUCAAGCAUAAUUUUGUCAUCGACAAGUUUGCUUCGGUUGACCCUUCUGCUUAUCCAAAACUUGAAUCAUGGAAGCUACUUGAUGGAAAGAGCAACGGUUGCUGCUCAUGGGAUGGUGUCAAGUGUGACCAAGACACCGGUCAUGUGAUCGGCCUCGACCUUAGUAGUAGCUUUCUCCAUGGUUCUAUCAACUCCAAUAGCAGUCUAUUCACCCUUGCCCACCUUCACAGCCUAAACCUUGCCGAUAAUGAGUUUAAUUUCUCAGAAAUACCAUCCAGAAUUGGACAUCUUUUCAGGCUAACAAGUCUCAAUCUAUCCAAAUCUGGAUUUUUCGGUCAGAUUCCUUCAGAAAUCUCAUCUCUCUCCAAAUUGGUUAUCCUCGAUCACUACAAGAAAUAUGGGAUCUCCCAACGCUUUUUUUACCAGCGGCCCGAAAAAACGCUGCAAUAG